AUGAUGAUAUUAUCAAGACUUUUGGUUUCACUAAAAUUAGAAUCAUUGGGAGAUAAAAUCGACCAGAAGAUAUCUGAUUUUUAUAGAGUAAGUCAACCAGCCAGAACUCUUGGCAGACUGGUGCUAGAAGCCCGAAGCAGAAGGCCUGAAGUUAAGCUGGAUUUGGAUUAUCUUCUCAAACCUGAAAACUUUGAUUUCUUGAUUCAGUGUACGAAAUAUAUGUCCCACAAGCGGGAUGAACCUGUACUUACACUUGGGAGAUUAAUAGGAAAUCUGAUUGGUCAUGUCAUCCAAGUAAAAAUUGGUCUGGCCCUACGACAAAAUAAUGAUGUCAAAAACAGAGAGGCAUCAAAUUUUCAGAAAUUGUAUGAGUCAGAAUGGAAUUUUAGAGUAAAUGCAAUAUGUACUAAAAAAUACAAUAUCAAAAAGAGACAAAAUAUUCAAACUAUUCCAAUAACAGAAGAUCUCAAGAAAUUAAGAAAUCACAUUAUGGCAAAAAUGCGAAGUACUGGUGAUACCCUAAGUGCCCUUCCAAACAUAGAAAGCUGGAAUUGUCUAAACAAAUUGACUCUAGUCAGAAUCAUUCUCUUUAAUAAAAGAAGGAGAGCUGAAGUAACCGAAUUAAAGGUAGAUGACUUCAUCAACAGACCUAACUGGAAAGAAGAAAUGAAUGGGGAAAUAAGCUUGGCAUUAACAGAGAGUGACAGAAUUCUGGCCAAUAGAAUGGAUAUGAUGAUUUCUGGUGGGAAGUCCAGAAAAAAUGUUGAUGCUUACGUCUUAUUUCCACCAGAUUGUAUGAAGGCUCUCAACAUUCUUAUGGAAACAAGAUCGUCGGUCGGUAUCAGAACAUCAAACAAUUACCUAUUUGCCAGACCACUGUCUGAUACACCACUCUCUGGGCACACUGAUAUCAAAGAUGUUGUAAAUGAAUGUUCAAACUUAAAAUGUCCAGAACGAAUUACAUCCACUUCGUUAAGAAAAUAUGCUGCAACAGUAUCUCAGAUUCUGGAUAUGACACCGAAAGAAAUUGAAACCUUAGCAACGCAUCUUGGGCAUGAUGUAAAUACUCAUAAAAAUUUUUAUAGAUUACACAGUUCAACUAUAGAAUUAUCAAAGGUUUCUCACAUGCUACUUGCCAUGGAAGGAGGUCACAUGAAUGUUUGGAAAGGAAAGAAACUUGAAGACAUAAAUAUAUUAGAUUUACCGGGUGAGGCUCUCGAAUGUGAUGAUAAGAGUGAUGAUGAUGAUAUUUCUUGUAAAGAUGUACCAGAUGAGGUUAUGAAUUGUAAUGAUAUUGAUGAAGUUGAAAAUGAGAUUGAAGAGGUCAUUUCUUGUAAAGACAAUCAGGCAUGUGAAAGAAGUAAAGAUAAUAUAGAAAGCAUUAAUCAUACAGAUGAUACAGAAAGUAUUAAAGUUAAGAAACAUUCAAAGAGAAAAAGGUCAGAAGAAGAAAACAACAUCAUAAGAAGUAAAGAUAAUUUAGAAAGCAUUAAUCAUACAGAUGAUACAGAAAGUAUUAAAGUUAAGAAACAUUCAAAGAGAAAAUGGUCAGAAGAAGAAAACAACAUCAUAAAGAAAAAGUUUAGAAUUCAAAUAGAGAAGAAUGUAACUGUUACCAAUGAUGAGCUAUUAGAAGUUCAAAAGACUCUAAACAAUAGAUCUUUGGCAAUGAUCAGAAGUAAAAUAAACAAUAUGAAGUUUGGUAAAUGUAAUUGA